CCACCGUGCCCGUUGCCUAGCAGUAGCUCGCCCAUUUGCGCCACUGCUUCAUUGCGGGUCAGAGACUUCAAUACACGAACUUCCUGAAAACAAGGUCUCUCUUCCAGGGUCCCCUUGCUUUUUGUAUGUCAAUUGUCAAUGGAGAACCAGGGUAGAACUGAGUUUCAGAAUUGCGUGAUUAAGCUGAGGGAAAAUCCGCAAAGGAGAAGAGAAAAGGUUUACAUUGGUUGUGGAGCAGGCUUUGGAGGUGACAGACCAUUGGCUGCUCUCAAGCUGUUGCAACGGCUCAAAGAGAUUAAUUAUCUUGUACUUGAAUGCUUAGCAGAACGCACUCUUGCCGAUCGUUACCAAGAAAUGCUGGCCGGUGGUGAUGGUUAUGAUUCUCGAAUUUCAGAUUGGAUGCUUGUGCUCCUGCCUCUUGCUGUGAAGAGAGGAACUUGCAUAAUUACCAAUAUGGGUGCAAUGGAUCCACAUGGUGCUCAGGAUAAAGUUCUGGAAAUAGGUAACAGCUUGGGGCUUAAUAUAACUGUUGCCGUGGCCCACGAGGUUGCUUUCAGAAUGUCAGGGUCAGAAUCCUUGCCUGAGAAAUCAUCUGUCAUGGAAGGUGGUAUUAGCACAUACCUGGGAGCAGCUCCUAUCGUUGACUCUCUGGAGAAGUAUAAGCCAAAUGUCAUAAUAACAUCACGAGUUGCAGAUGCUGCCUUAUUUUUAGCUCCAAUGGUUUAUGAACUAGGUUGGAAUUGGGAUGAAUCAAAUCAACUAGCUCAAGGCUCUCUGGCUGGUCACCUUCUAGAGUGUGGUUGUCAACUCACAGGGGGGUAUUUCAUGCAUCCAGGAGAUAAAUACAGAGACAUGUCUUUGUUUCAGCUCCUUGACUUGUCCCUCCCUUAUGCUGAAGUAAGUUUUGAUGGAAAAGUAUGUGUGGCAAAGGCAGAUGGUAGUGGUGGGAUUCUAAAUUUCAGAACUUGUGCAGAACAACUUCUAUAUGAGAUUGGGGAUCCAGGUGCUUAUGUCACCCCCGAUGUGGUGAUAGAUGUUCGGGAUGUUUCAUUUCAGUCAUUAUCAAGUUGUAAAGUUCUUUGCACUGGAGCAAAAACAUUAGCAGUUGCAGCACCUGACAAACUUCUGCAGUUGAUACCUAAGGAUUGUGGAUGGAAAGGUUGGGGAGAAAUAUCCUAUGGAGGAUAUGGUAGUGUAAAACGUGCUAAAGCUGCUGAAUUUCUGGUUAGAUCAUGGAUGGAAGAAGUGUUUCCGGGUGUUAAUAAUAAUAUAAUUUCUUAUACUAUCGGACUCGAUAGCCUGAAGGCAGCCAGGAAUGAUGACAGCAUUCUAUUGGGGAAGGCUGGUGAAGACAUUAGGUUACGCAUGGAUGGACUAUUUGAGCAAAAGGAACAUGCUAUUCAAUUUGUUAAAGAAUUUACAGCUUUAUACACAAAUGGACCAGCUGGUGGUGGUGGUAUUAGCACUGGACACAAGAGAGAGAUUAUACUUGAAAAGCAAAUGGUCAGACGGGAACUUGUUUUCUGGCAGUCUGGAGCAAAGAAUACUCAGGCCAUGAACAAAAAUAAUGUAGAAAGUGUCCCUGAAGAAAAUCUAAAGAACACCCAUUUUUCGCAUGGAUCAUUCUCCCCUCUCACCCAAGAUUGUGGUCACAAUAUUUCUACUGAUUUAUCUCCAGAAAUCGAUCCAUGUCCUGCCCCAGUUGGACAGAAGAUUCCUCUCUACAAUGUAGCACAUAGCAGGGCUGGAGACAAAGGAAAUGAUUUGAAUUUUUCCAUAAUCCCACAUUUCCCUCCUGAUAUUAUGAGGCUGAAGAAGGUCAUAACGCCCCAUUGGGUAAAGCAAGUAGUCUCCAGUCUUUUGAUCCCCUCUUCAUUUCCGAACUCAGAUGCCAUUGACAAGAGAGAUAGAUGGGUCUGUGAACAUGUUAAGGUGGAGAUUUAUGAAGUUAAGGGAAUCCAUUCUUUAAAUGUUGUGGUGCGGAACAUUUUAGAUGGUGGUGUCAACUGUUCUCGGAGGAUUGACAGACAUGGAAAGACAAUUUCAGACCUGAUAUUGAAUCAGCAAAUUGUGUUGCCUCCAUGAUUGAAUUCCAGUUCUUGUGCAACUUACAUAAUUUGCCUUUACUCGGUAGACAUCCUGCAAUGCUGCAAGUACCACUGUUACAUUUGUUUGUUUCAAUUCUCAUUUCUCAUAUCCCAUUUGCGGGACCGGACAUUUUUUUCCAUGUAAUAAUUUUCUAUAACUUCCCAACUAUUUUGUUGGAAAAUGCCAGGAUUGAAGGAUUGUUAUCUUUUUUCAUCUAAUACUAAAACUUAUUCGUGUAAUAAUGUACUAGUUGCUCA